CUCUCUGAAAUUCUUUAUACUACGUGUAGAAGAUCGUAAGAGAGACGGGACAUAUUCAGUGAUAUAGCAGCGCGAGUGAGAAAGAAUGAGAUGACAACGCCGUUAGGAUUCCCUGAACUUUACGGAAACUAGAAGUGAAUCUGGCCGAACUUCCUCGUGCCUGUGGCCGAACCUCGUUGGGUUGUCUAGAAGAGAGCAGGAAAUAAAUCGGAGAACUGAAAAAUCUCGAAUAAAUCGGUUUAAUUGUAACUCGGAAUUUCUGUUGAUUGAAUACGAACGGAGGAUCGUUCGAAGAGGAUCGAGGCAAAAUAUUGAAGAUGGCUGUGAAAGGUUUAAUUGCCUCGAUUAUUCACUUUUUAACACGUCAGUUAGAGGAUGGUGAUCUAACGGCAGAUUCUCGGGAGAGUCUUGAAGUCGCUAUUCAGUGUUUAGAAAGUGCAUAUGAGGUGCAAGCAUCGGAUGCUGCUCAAAAUAUCAAUUUAUUUGAUAUAUAUAAAGCAGCAAUUGAAAGUUCACAACCAGUCUUUGGUUCAGAACCUACUCCAGAAGCCCAUGCUGAAGCAGAACGACUAAAAAAUGAAGGAAACGCUUUGAUGAAAGCCGAAAGAUAUUUGGAGGCUUUAGCAAAUUAUACCAAAGCAAUUGAACUAGAUGGACGAAAUGCAGUUUACUACUGUAAUCGCGCUGCUGUCCAGCAUAAGCUUGGUAAAUACGACGAUGCAAUUAAAGACAGCCGCACAGCUUUAGCCAUCGAUCCCUCCUACAGCAAAGCUUAUGGACGUUUGGGAAUAGCUUAUGCCAGCUUGGAAAGGUACAGGGAAGCGAAAGAAUGUUAUCAAAAGGCCUUGGAAAUGGAGCCCGAUAAUGAAGGCUACAAGAAUAAUAUACAACUUGCCGAAGAAAAAUUGACUCAACAAGGAGUUGGUAACAUGGGUUUAGGAGGUAGCGGAGGUGCAGUUUCGGGUAUGGAUCUUAGGUCGCUAUUGAAUAAUUCUACUUUAAUGAAUAUGGCACAUCAAAUGCUGACUGAUCCUACAAUGCAAAAUUUAGUAAGCAACUUUAUGAGUAGAGACGUGGAGCAGGGAAGUCGAAUGGAUGUUUUAAUUGAAGUGGGCCAACAAUUAGCACAACAAAUGCAAACUGCGAAUCCAGAAUUAAUGGAAUCAUUGCGGCGUCAAAUGGGAAGAAAUGCCGAUGAUUCGCAGCCUCCGCCGCAGAACUGAAGGAAGAAAAAAGAGGGAUAUUAUUUUCUACAGUGCUACCGAAAGAUGCCUCUGUUGUCGAGUUGUACUGCACCUUCUGACUCAAGUUUGAUACGUAUAUGCGCCACGUGUAACCUGCAAUUGUGUCCUCGGAAUUAUGAUAAACAGUUUACGCGCUAGUGGUCGAACUUUCUUAAAAGACUGCUUGAGACAAUUAUUCAUGAGUAGAAGUUGAAAAUCCCGCUAAAAACCAGCGAAGCCUGAUGUACAAGUUCUGAUCUAUGGAGAUUCGCGUCGAGGACAACAUGCAAUUUUACGAAAACGCCAGAUGAAAUAUAUAGUUCAUAUUAUUAUAAUUCUAUACGUAUAAAGUGAUCUUCGGUUGACAAUACAAACAAUCGUGGGACAUCUUAGAAUAUUACAAAGCUGUCGGGCAAAUUAUCAAAUUCAGUUCUUUAUAUGGGUUUUGUAGAUUGGUGCAGUUUUAUUUACAGAAAUGUAAUCAAACUUUAUAUCCUGUAAUAAUGCACACGUAGUAGCAUUACAACGUGUAAGAUGAUGUGAGACCCAGGUGCUGCCUCUAGAAAAAGUAAUGAAAUCUAAGGUAUAAAUAUUAAAGUUUUUAAAAUAAGAUAUAUCAUACAAAACCUUGAUAUGUAAUAAUUCCAUAAAAAGAGUAACGAUGAUGGAUAAAAAUUUACUACAUAUGAUAUAAUUUCUUCAAUAAAUAAACAAUCAUGUCCUGCUACUUUUGAUAUAUUUCAACUUCUCAUGUUCUUUCCUUUUGAAUCGGUAGUUACAAAGACUAAUCUGCAAUGCUAAAACUCAUACUUUUUUUUAAAAUCAAUGUUACAGGGUUCCUGCAAUUUUCAUGUACAUAGAAAUGUAUAAAAAGGAAGAAUACGACAAUUUUGAAUGUCAUAAAAUUAAAAGAAUCCUUAUAGUAUUUCUUUUCAAUUAAAUCUUCAUAAACCAUGGCUGUGAAAGACUAUGUCAUAUCUUUCCCCAAAGAAACUUAGAUUUCAUUGCCUGUUCUUGAAAACAACAGCUGGAUUUUGUCAAAACGUUAAUUUGUAAUAAUACUACAAAUUGAUUGUACAUAUAAAUCAUAAAAUGAAUUAGGGGAUAACGAGGUACACGUGCUCUUCCAAGUAACAUGUCCUGUACUGCCUGCAUGAUUUGCAAAGUUGAAAUAACGUCAGCGAUCUUUCGGCAUUUUUGCAUAAUAAAGUGUCGUACGAGAUCUCGUUGACGUAUAGUAACAUUUAACCGAUCUUAGCGAUAAUUUAACAUGGAAUUUCAUAUAAUGUAUAACAAGUCAUGUCCUUUUGGAUACAAGGUAAAAACAAUAAAGGACAAAAAGCAAAGAAAGACAGAA